ACACAAUAAUCCCCUACGUAGGUUUUUUUUUUUUUUUUUUUUUAACUUUUUAUUUAUUUUAUUUUAUAUACACAAAUAACAACACAAUUUGAACUCCCUCAUCAAACAUAAUCUAUUCAUUCUUAUUCUUGUGUAUUCUAUCCAAUUGUUCAGAUUCUCUCUCUAACAAUGAUGAAUUACGGGAGGCUUGAACCAAAAUCACAAUCCGAACCCGAACCAUUAGAAGAAGCGGCUAACAAACCACCCACAAAAUCAAAAUCGAAGCUAAAACUCCUCCUCAUCAUCGGAAUCAUCCUCAUUGUGGCAUCGGCGGUGUCGGUGGCACUAGCAGUAACACUCCGACCAAAGUCGUCCGGCGGAUCUGGUUCAAUGAUCCGACCGAAACCGACAAAAGCCAUUUCGCGGGUGUGCAGCCGUACACUCUACCACGACCUGUGCGUGAACUCGUUUCUGGAUUUCCCGGGUUCACUGAGCGCCACGGAUAAAGACCUGGUUCCUAUUUCGGUGAACAUGUCGCUCCGGCACGUGGGAAAGGCGUUGUAUACUUCUACUGAUUUUAACAACAUGGAGAUGAGUACACGUGUACGGUCGGCGUACAACGAUUGCUUGGAACUAAUGGAAGAAUCCGUGGACCAGCUCCAGCAAUCGCUUUCCACCGUGGGUGGGCAGCGCGUGGGAAAUUCUGAAGACGUGAUUACGUGGCUGAGCGCGUCACUCACGAAUCAAGACACAUGUACGGAGGGGUUAUCGGAAUCGGAAGAAGGAGAGGUGAAGAAACUGAUGCAGGAGAAGCUGAAGGACCUGUCGGAACUGGUGAGUAACAGCUUAGCGAUAUACUCGUCGGCAGGGGAUUUGGAUGGGGUUCCGGUGGAGAACCGGAGGAGGAGGUUAAUGGGGGAGUUUCCAGAGUGGAUGAGUAAGAAGGAGAGAAGGUUGAUGCAGAUGCCGGCGGCCGUAAUUCAGGCUGACAUAGUGGUUUCGAAAGACGGCAAUGGCACGUGCAGGACUAUCAAAGAGGCAAUCAAAAAGGCACCUGAGAAGAGCAGUCGCCGGUUCAUAAUCUACGUUAAGGCAGGAAGGUACGAAGAGGAUAAUUUGAAGGUGGGUAGGAAGAAGACAAAUUUGAUGUUUAUAGGUGACGGGAAGGGCAAAACGGUCAUUACAGGAGGAAUUAGUGUGGCUGACCAUGUGACCACAUUCCACACCGCUUCUUUUGCCGCCACAGGAGCAGGGUUCAUGGCGCGUGACAUCACUUUUGAGAAUUAUGCUGGACCGGCAAAACACCAAGCGGUUGCACUUAGAAUAGGUGCAGACCACUCGGUGGUUUACCGGUGCAGUAUUAUUGGAUACCAGGACUCGUUAUACGUGCACUCGCAACGUCAGUUCUAUCGCGAGUGUGACAUAUACGGAACAGUAGAUUUCAUUUUUGGUAACGCCGCGGUUGUCCUCCAAAAUUGUAACAUUUAUGCACGAAAACCGAUGGACCGCCAAAAGAUUACCAUCACGGCUCAAAACCGAAAAGACCCCAAUCAAAACACGGGGAUCUCUAUUCACUCUUGCAAACUUCUAGCACAACCCGAUCUAGUAGCUUCAAAUGGGAGUUUCCAAACGUUUCUUGGCCGACCUUGGAAAAUGUACUCGCGGACUGUGUACUUAAUGUCAUACAUGGGUGACCACAUCGACCCCAAGGGGUGGCUAGAAUGGGACGGGUCGUUUGCGCUUGAUACAUUAUACUAUGGUGAAUAUAUGAAUUACGGGCCAGGUGGGGGGGUUGGAAGACGGGUCAAAUGGCCAGGCUAUCGGGUGAUUACUUCGGCUAUAGAGGCUAGCCGAUUUACGGUGGCUAAGUUUAUAUACGGGACGUCAUGGUUGCCUUCUACCGGAGUUGCCUUCUUGGCAGGUCUAUCGGAGUAGGGUGAUAUAAAUUGUUUGAUUGGGUUAUACACGUUAUAGUUAUUUGCUAAUAUCUUUUUGUCAAAAAAAUUGAAUAACCAAAAAGAAGGUGACACCAUAAAGGUAUGUUGUUGGUGCUAGAUUGGCAACGUAUGGGAAUGAUUAAUGAAAUUGUACCCUUAUGAUUUAAAUAUUGUCGGUGUCAUUUAUUUCAAUUUUAUUAUUUUCCAAACGGAAAUUAGUUUAUUAACA